CCCGCUGUGUUGCAGCCUUAGGAAAUCUGAUGGGUACCAUGCUCAACACCACAAUCACUACCUCUUCUGCGGCGCAACCAUACUGAACUUUUCAGAAAGAGCGAGGUUGGGGGAUGGUGUCUAUGAUACCUUCAUGAUGAUAGAUGAAACCAAGUGCCCACCCUGUUCAAACACACUCUGCAAUCCUUCCGAAGCACCUCUCUCCAGAAGACUAAAUAGUACCACUGAGCCGUUGACGAGAGAUCACACCCAGCACUUGGUGAAUGGAGGUGAGAUGAAGGUAGAACAGCUGUUUCAAGAAUUUGGCAACAGAAGAUCCACAAUUCUUCAGUCCAAUGGCAUCACCAACUCUGAGAAGUCCUCUCCUCCUGUUCCCCAGGGGAAGAGUUCCGAAAGCCUGAACACGGUGAAAUCCAGCAGUUCCUCCAAGCCUUCUAAAGUGCUGCCGCUGAGUCCUGAGCAAGCUCUGAAGCAGUAUAAACACCACCUCACUGCUUAUGAGAAGCUGGAGAUCAUGAGUUACCCAGAAAUCUACUUUGUGGGUCCAAAUGCCAAAAAACGACAAGGAGUUAUUGGUGGUCCCAAUAAUGCGGGAUAUGACGAUGCAGAUGGAGCCUAUAUCCAUGUGCCCCGAGACCAUCUAGCUUACCGCUAUGAGGUGUUGAAAAUUAUUGGCAAGGGGAGUUUUGGACAGGUAGCCCGUGUCUAUGAUCACAAACUUCGACAGUACGUGGCCCUGAAAAUGGUGCGUAAUGAGAAACGUUUUCAUCGACAGGCAGCCGAGGAGAUCCGGAUUUUGGAGCACCUUAAAAAGCAGGAUAAAACUGGUAGCAUGAAUGUUAUCCACAUGCUCGAAAGUUUCACCUUCCGGAACCACGUGUGCAUGGCCUUUGAGUUGCUAAGCAUAGACCUGUAUGAGCUCAUUAAAAAAAACAAGUUUCAGGGUUUCAGCGUCCAGUUGGUUCGCAAGUUUGCCCAGUCCAUCCUGCAGUCCUUGGAUGCACUUCACAAAAAUAAGAUCAUUCACUGUGACCUAAAGCCAGAAAACAUUCUCCUGAAACAUCAUGGGCGCAGCGCGACCAAGGUCAUUGACUUUGGGUCCAGCUGCUUCGAGUACCAGAAGCUUUACACGUACAUCCAGUCUCGCUUCUACAGGGCCCCGGAAAUCAUCUUGGGAUGCCGCUAUAGCACACCGAUUGACAUCUGGAGUUUCGGCUGCAUCCUUGCAGAACUUUUGACAGGACAGCCUUUAUUCCCUGGAGAGGACGAAGGAGACCAGUUGGCCUGCAUGAUGGAGUUGCUAGGGAUGCCACCACCAAAACUUUUAGAGCAAUCCAAACGUGCCAAGUACUUUAUUAACUCCAAGGGCUUGCCUCGAUACUGCUCCAUGACUACUCAGGCAGAUGGGAGGGUUGUGCUUCUGGGGGGUCGCUCACGCAGGGGCAAGAAGCGAGGCCCCCCAGGCAGCAAAGACUGGGCAACCGCCCUGAAAGGGUGCGAGGAUUACUUGUUCAUAGAGUUCCUGAAAAGAUGCCUUCAGUGGGACCCCUCUGCCCGCCUCACCCCAGCCCAAGCAUUGAGACAUCCUUGGAUUAGCAAAUCUGCACCCAGACCUCUCACCAUGGACAAUGUGUCGGGGAAACGGGUAGUUAAUCCUACAACCGCUUUCCAGGGACUGGGCUCCAAGCUGCCUCCAGUCGUCGGAAUAGCCAGUAAGCUUAAAGCGAACCUAAUAUCUGAAACCAGUGGUAGCAUACCUCUGUGCAGUGUAUUGCCAAAGCUGAUUAGCUAGUGGACCACUCGGAGAUGCGUAUGUAUGUAUUUUUAGUUACCUUGCAAACAUGCAAAUGGAAAAAAAAUCGAAGCCCAUUCAUUGAUGGAUUUGUUUUUUGUUAAACUAAAUUUUUUUUUUUUUUUUAAACGAGGCAGAACAUUUUUAUAUGACAAGAAAAGAACUCUUCAAGGGCUAAUGGUCUAACCAGCUUGUGUUGGCCAUCUGGAGUAUACAUUAAAUGACUUUUUAUAGGUCAAUGCAUCUUUGUCAUACUCAUUAGAGGUACCUCAACCCGUGUAUUACUCUCCUCAUUUAAAUCUCUUUAAGACAGAAGAGAGUCUAAAAAAUAUAUGCUAUUUCUCA